CGCUACAGGACCAGUCGAUUAAUUUAUAGAAAGAUCAAGAAAGAGAUGAACCCCUUUGAGAGGGAUACCACUGUUAACCUGUCAAUGAGACAGAAGUCUGCCUUGAAGAGACGGAUAACACGUGAACAUAACAGUAACUUUAGAGCAGGUUAUAUCAACAUUAAUGAACAGUAUUUACACAAGACUGGAAUUAGAGGACGCAAGAGAUAUUUCCUUUACUGUUUAGUUGCCUUGCUAUUUAUUGUAGCUGUAGUAAAUGCAUUGUUGACCACAGCCAUUAUUUAUUAUAUGAGGAUUUCACCACAACAUGGUAUGGAUUCAAUGGAACACAUCCCAGAUUACGACCUUUUAAGAUUUAUUGGAAAGUCUGUUUUUGAUACCGUUCGGAUAUUAAAUGGAAGAAUAGGAAGUAGAGCUAACAAAAAUUUAUAUAUUGAAGGAAACAACAGCUCUGUUAUUAUAACAGACAAAGGAUCUGGGUUGAGGCAUCCAAAAUUAACUGUUAGUCCAAAGACAACAUCUAUGGAGAAUGUGGAAACCAUGUCCAUUAUUGAUUCUGUGACAGGGAAAGAGAUGUUUUCCACCAAAGACAGUUCAAGUCUCCUAUUGGAUGGUGAAAUAAAAAAUCUGAUUUCUCCAGAAAUUUAUCCUAACAAUAUAACUAGCUUGAAUGGUUUUCCUGAUCUGAUACUAGAAUCCAUUGGUAGUCAUUUGAACUUAACAGGAUGGGAAGGUGUGGAAAUGUCAUCUACAAAUAAAAAUAUCACAUUUUUUACAGACUAUUAUGAUAUCUCGAUGUACUCUACACAUGGUAGUUUAACACUGGAUGCUGCAAACGGUAUAAGACUUGAUGUGGAACAUAUUCCAAAACCAACUGUGUCUAACACACCAGGACCAAGAACUUAUAAAUUAUGUGUAUGCAUACCACAGGGCCGGUUGUUUGCAGUACCAGUCACUGGGCCAGGUAUUGGUUGUCAGAAUGCUGACCCAAAUGAUGAUCCCUGCAAAUAGGAUAUAAGAUAAAUUAAAUUGCUUACCAUUUCUCCGUCCAGAUUAGAUUUUAUGUUGUUUUUGUAUUUUUAAGUGUUUUCAAUAGUUAUUGGGAUUAUUUAUACUGUUGUGUGAUUUUCAUAGGACAUAUAUUUUUAUAGAAAGUUUUAAUCUUUCCAUAGAGUUAUCAUGGUUAUAGACUGCAAUAUUAUUACUGUGUGUUACUGAUUUUUAUUUUAGUAUUUAUAUUUCAUAAAAGAAUAUCAGGAUUUUAUCGUAUAAAUUUGAACUUAGAUAAGACAUUGACCAGUAGUGAGUGUGAGAAUGCUUAUAUGCUGAGAAAAAUGUACCUAUAAAACCUGUCAACAUGAGAAAAAUUAAGGAGAAAUUGUAAGUUUGAAAACUGACAUAAAAUUCUAUAGAAAGAUGCUUUUAUAUGAGUUUGUAUAAGGAACAUUAACAUAUACUAAUUUGUUUCAUACAUUAUACUUAAACAUGUUAAAUCUGAAAAUGAUAAAAAGGAAAGUUUUAUAAACAGAUUUAGAUGUUAUUACUUUGAAUGUAAUUAUAGGACAAUCAGCUUUUGUUAUGCCAUAACAAUUUUUUCCCUCUGAUAAUAAAAAAAUAUAUUUAUGUUUUGAAGUAUGAAAAUUUAUUCCAAAUUUUCAUUAUACUUAAUCUGGGCAUUUUGCAAUAUUUUUUGAUGUCAUUGAUUUAAUUUGAUUUUUAGAUAAAUGUGUAGCUUAACAUUGAUUUAAUACAUCAAUAUUGAUAUAUAACUUUGGUGCUAAAUUAAAAUGUUAUACCUCAUUUUUAAGUUGUAUGUUAAAGGUUGAAAAAAAGAUACUCUGUUAUUUCAGAAACUAGUACUAGAUGUAGUAAUUUGAAAAAUGCAAUUGGGUUCAGAUCAUAUGAUUUAUAACUUGCAUUUUUUGUGAUGGUGUGAUUAUAAAUAUUUCAUUAAGAUAUUUCUAUUAAGUCCUUAUGCAUUUUAAUUAACUUUUAAUGAUUGAUAUUAAUAAAUGAAGAUGGUGAUAAUUUUUUUUUAUGGUAUUGUGGGCAGAUCCUUCUUAUUGGGAGAUCAUUGAUAGUCUCUUUUAAUACAAAAAAAUAGAAAAUUAAACCAUAAAAGUUGUUUUAAAGAUUUUAAGAUCAGUUAUCAUUAUAUUUACAAGUUAUUUUAUACAAUUACUUUGAUUAUAGUAGAUUGAUGUCUACCAGUUGUAGACUUGGUAGAUUUUUUUUUAUAUUUUUCACACUCUAUAACAAACAUGUGUCUUUGGAGUUAAACACUCAACUAAUAUGGUCAAAGUCACAUAUACAUAUAUUUUCCAUAUUUACAAUUGAAUUAGGAAGUUUUAGGAUUUUACUAUUCAACUCAUCACUUAAUAAAAAUGGCAUUUUUAAGGCUACCAUUUGAAGAUUAAGAUAUUUUUUUUUAUUAUACAUGCACAAUCAUAGACUAGAUGAUAGGAAUUUGGCUCCAUCUGUAGAGUGUUGACUCAAAUGAUGGUUGAUUGUAUAGUUUGAAUUCUUAUCACUCAAGUAUUUGUGACUGCAGGAUAUUAAUUAUAUUUUUAAAAUGAUAAGCCAAAUUUAAAGGCCAGACUGGGAUGAGAUAUUUUUGUACUGUAUUUGUUAGCAUUACAACUUAUUUUGAAAAUAGAACUUAAAAAUCCACACUUUACAGAUAUUAAUUUAUUUAUAUAGUCACAUAAUCUUUAUAGUGCAAUAAUAAAUCAACCAUGACCUCAUCUAUUUAUCUAUAAAGUCAAAUUUAGUUUUACUUAUUGUAUCCUUUUAGAAGUCUCAUGUAUUUGUUAAGCAUGUUUAUAUACACCCGUUUACGGGACGUAUUAUGGUAUACCAUUGUCUGUCCGUCGGUCUUUCUGUCCGUCCAUCGGUCUGUCCAUCUGACCGUCCGUCUGUCUGUCUGUCUGUCCUUCGUCCAGGUCAGACAAUAACUCAAAAAACACUUUAACCAAUUUGCAUGAACCUUUGGGGAAUUAUUUAUAUCUAUUGACUUGAGCUCCCUUUUGUUUUUUAUAAAUUUUAGAUUUUACAUUUCCGAGUUAUGGGGGUUUUAUUCAUUAAAAAAGGGAGAUUUUCCAGUUUUCGCACAAUAAUUCAAAAACACUUUCACCAAUUUGCAAGAAACUUUGGUGAAUUGUUAAUAACAAUUGACAUGAGCUCCCUUUUGAUUUUUCUAAAUUUUAAGAUUUUUUGUUUUCGAGUUAUGGGGUUUUAUUCAUUAAAAAAAGGGGGAUUUUCCAGUUUUCGGAUGCUAACUCAGAAAACACUUUCACCAAUUUGCAAGAAACUUUGAUGAAUUGUUUACAUCUAUUGACAUGAGCCCCCCUUCAAUUUUUAUAAAUUUUUUAAUUUUACGUUUCCGAGUUAUGGGGUUUUAAUCAUUAAAAAAAGGGGGAUUUUCCAGUUUUCAGACAAUAACUCAAAAAUGCUUUCAGCAGUUUUCAUGAAUCUUUGGUGAAUUGUUUAUAUCUAUUGACAUAAGCGCCCUUUCGAUUUUUAUAAAUUUUAGAUUUUACUUUUCCAAGUUAUGGGAUUUUAUUCAUAAAAAGGGGUGAUUUUCCAGUUUUCAGACAAUAUCUUUAAAAUGCUUUCAGCAGUAUUCAUGAAACUUUAGUGACUGGUUUAUACCUAUUAAGAUAACCUCCCUUUAGUUUUUUUUAAAUUUCUAAUGUGACAUUGAGAAGUUAUUGAACUUUAUUCUUUGAAAAAGCGACGGGCGUAUCAUGCGCUCAUGGCGCAGCUGUUUAUUUACAUUUAGACUCACAGAUGUUUAGUUACUUUGAUAUUUUUAUGCAUUAACCAAAGUAAAUUCUAAGAAACUUCAUUUGAUCUUUUUCUAUUAUUAAUUUCAGUAAGCAGUAGCCAUUUUGGAUUCACUAUGAUAUUUGGAAAAUCCUUGGAAAAUAUUUUGCCAUAGAUGAAUAUUUUGAUUACUGAUUUGGCUUUGAAAUCCUAUAAUCAGUUUAUAUUCUGACAUUUAAAAAUAUGUUUGGUAUUUUUCCUGACCUCUCAAUGGUCAUAUACAUUAACAUUGAGUAACAGUGACAAAGACAUGAAAGACAUUUAAUGAGGUUUUAUUCUAUUUUACUGUUAUAUAUUUGUAUUAUCAUUUUAUAUUUAUAUAUAUAUAUUUUAAAACAAAUGGCAAAAGUAUACAUUGUUUGUUGAGUAAAACUUAAUUUCAUACAUAAUUGAAAUUUGUGUUUAUCAUUUAACUCUGAAAAGAUAGUACUGAAAACGUAAAUUCUGAUUUCUAUAUAGAUUGCUUAUAUUGGAAUUAUUUGUGUAUUGUUUAAUUCAGCCAAACUCAAUUUUACUCAUUUAAUAUGGUUACCAAUACAUAUAAUGUGUGUACAUUUUAUUGUGAUUCAAGAUGUCAUAUGCUGAAAUUUAAUGCAUGAAUAAAAAUCUAUUUUAGCAGAAAUCA